UCGAAAAUGAAAUAUCGCAGAGCCAGUCACGCUGGUUCCUGGUACAAAGCCAACGCCAAAGAGCUGAAUGAGGAUUUGGCAGGUUGGUUGGAAGAUGCACCAUCAUCACACUGGCCAGCUCGAGCUAUCAUUGGCCCUCACGCAGGUUAUUCGUACAGUGGACCAUGUGCAGCUCAUGCUUAUAAACAAAUUGAUCCAGACAACAUUGAGAGGAUCUUUCUUCUUGGUCCUGCUCAUCAUAUCCGUUUGAAUGGCUGUGGAAUGACCUCUGCCAAGUUUUAUUGCACACCAUUCUACGACAUACUUAUCGACCAUGAUGUCUAUCAAGAUUUAAGAUCAUUUACUGAGUUUGGUUUAAUGGGCCAAGAAGUUGAUGAGGAUGAACAUAGUCUUGAGAUGCAUCUGCCUUUUAUUGCAAAAGUCAUGGAAAAUAGGCCGUUCAAACUCGUGCCAAUACUAGUAGGAAAUCUUACAUUGGAGAAUGAAGAGUUGUUUGGUAAAAUGUUCUCAAAGUACCUACUUGAUCCUGCCAAUCUCUUUGUCAUAUCCUCUGACUUCUGCCACUGGGGUUCGAGAUUCAAAUACACCCCGUACGAUCAGAGUGCUGGUCAAAUCUGGGAGUCAAUAAGAAAACUUGACAAACAGGGUAUGAAACUCAUAGAGUCACUGAACCACAAAAAAUUUCACGACUAUCUGAAUGAAACCCACAAUACGAUCUGCGGUCGUCAUCCUAUUGGCAUACUUCUAGCUGCUAUAGAAGAGGCACAGAAGCAAUCGUCUAGCAGCAGCGGCAGCAGUAGCAGCAGCAGCAAACCACUGAAGUUCGAUUUGAAGUUUAUCAACUAUGAACAAUCGAACAGAUGCAGAUCAAUGAAUGAUUCUUCCGUCAGUUACGCGGCCGGCGUUUUACUAAUUGGUUGACUAGCUAAUAUCUUUUCCUAAAAUUAGGGCGGUACUUUUGUGCUAAUUAUCUAAAAGUAAAAUACCCUCUUUGUAUCAUAUUAAUUAAAAAAAAUUGCUUUUUUUGACAAAUUUUCAUCCUGUUUGACUCUGAAUUUCUGUUUAGCAAAAUUGUAUGUGCAAAAAAUUUUUGUCUUUUUUUUCGUUUAAUACUUUGCUAUAUUUAUUUUAUAAUGUUAUAUCACGUUAGAUUGCUAUCUUUCUAGAAAUGUAUUUGAUAUUUAAUUUAUUUAGUUAUAAAUUUGUUAAAACAUGUCUGUUAAACAUUGCGAAAUCAUACUAUGUAUAACGAAUUAUUACGACAUAUAUACAAGUUACAUUGCGUGUGUGUGUAACUCGAGUAGUAGUGUUUCCAUUAUAAAACUUUGUCGUUUCAAAUUAGUUCUUUUUCAUCUUAAAUAUUUAUGCACGCGCGUGUGUGUUUGCAAACACGAAAUUUAAUUUGAUAAAAAGAUAAAAAUUUCAAUU